CCAGAGGACGAUGUAGAGCUCCGUGCGGGCUCGCCCAGCGUCUCUGCUGAGGGAGAAGCGGGUUGGCGAAUGGAGUGCCUGCGGCUGAAAAUGGGAUGGUACAGUGGAGGGAAGAAGUCCUGGAAGGCUGAUCAACCACUUGAAAGGAAAGACAGCCAAAACAGUUCUCAGCAUAGCGUCUCCAGCCACCGCAGCGGGCACACCGCUUCCCCCGCUCACAGCACGCAGGUGCUGCCGGACUACACCGCCGCGGAGGCGCUGGCUGCGGAUCAGCCGGACAGUUCUGGGCAGAAGAAGCCAGAUCCAUUCAAAAUCUGGGCCCAGUCCAGGAGCAUGUAUGAAAGCCGACUUCCAGAUUACCAAGAGCAGGAUAUCUUUCUAUGGAGAAAGGAAACCGGUUUUGGAUUUAGGAUUCUAGGUGGAAAUGAGCCUGGAGAACCUAUUUACAUCGGUCACAUUGUACCGCUGGGUGCUGCUGAUGCCGACGGCCGCCUGAGAUCGGGUGAUGAACUGAUUUGCGUGGAUGGGACUCCUGUUGUCGGGAAAUCGCACCAGCUUGUCGUCCAGCUUAUGCAACAGGCAGCCAAACAAGGUCAUGUCAAUCUGACCGUCAGGCGCAAAGUGGUUUACACAGUUCCCAAGGCAGAGAAUGAAGUCCCAUCCCCAGCCUCUUCCCACCACAGCAGCAACCAGCCAGCCUCGCUGACGGAGGAGAAGCGAACACCACAGGGCAGCCAGAACUCCCUCAACACUGUCAGCUCGGGCAGUGGCAGCACCAGUGGCAUCGGCAGCGGGGGUGGCGGGGGCAGCGGAGUUGUCAGCACCGUGGUCCAGCCCUAUGAUGUGGAAAUCCGCCGCGGCGAAAACGAGGGGUUCGGCUUCGUCAUCGUCUCGUCAGUGAGCAGGCCGGAGGCGGGGACGACAUUCGGUCGGAUAAUUGAAGGGAGUCCCGCAGACCGCUGUGGCAAGCUGAAAGUAGGCGAUCGGAUCUUGGCCGUGAACGGGUGCUCCAUCACCAACAAGUCACAUUCAGACAUCGUCAACCUCAUUAAGGAAGCAGGAAACACCGUUACCCUGCGCAUCAUUCCGGGAGAUGAAUCCUCCAAUGCUACUUUAUUGACCAAUGCAGAAAAAAUUGCUACAAUUACAACCACACAUACUCCUCAGCAAAUACCACAGGAGACCAGCAGAAACAACACCAAACCAAAGCAGGAAUCCCAGUUUGAUUUCAAACCACCCCAAGCAGCGCAGCAGGACCAAGACUUUUACACUGUUGAGCUGGAAAGAGGAGCCAAAGGGUUCGGCUUUAGCCUGCGAGGUGGCCGGGAGUAUAACAUGGAUCUGUACGUGUUGCGGCUAGCGGAGGAUGGUCCAGCUGAGAGAUGUGGGAAGAUGAGGAUCGGUGAUGAAAUCUUAGAGAUCAACGGAGAAACUACCAAGAACAUGAAGCACGCUCGGGCCAUCGAACUGAUUAAAAAUGGUGGCCGCAGGGUCCGCCUGUUUCUGAAACGUGGAGAUGGCUCUGUCCCAGAAUAUGACCCCAGCAGUGACAGGAACAGUCCCGCCACAGGUUCACAAAAUGUAUCGGAAAUGAAACCCGUGCCAUCCGACCGACGGCAGCACCCAUCAUCGGAGUCCAGUUAUCCACCAGACCUUCACAAAUCAUCACAACAUGGGGACAAGCGGACUUACGUUAGAGACCUAAAAGGCAGCAGAGAGUUUAGCAGACAUCCCAACGAACACCACACUUGGAAUGGGACUUCUAAAACCAACGACCACGUGCCAGGCAGGAGGACGGAGAGGUCGCCGGAGAGGAGGCGCGAGAGGCAGCCGGAGAGGGCGGUGGUGAACGGGCAGAAGAGGAGGUCUCCCGAAAAGCGGAGGGAAGGGACGAGGAGCGCUGACAACACUUUGGAAAGGCGGGAGCGACAUGAGAGGAGGAGAGACCUCUCCCCCGAGAGGCGCAGGGAGCGGUCGCCCAGCCGCCGGCGGCGGUCACUCUCGUCUUCUUCCUUUGCAUACUUAGCAGGGCUAAAACUAGGUCAGACUCUGCCCGCCGUGUGCCGAAGCUGCGGCUGUGACAUUAGCCUGGAGCUGCCUCUGCCUGCUGUCAGUUUUCGGGGCUGGUACGAGAUUUCUGGUGGAGUCGGCGAGCCUGAUCUUCCUCUUGCGGGCCGUGGCGUAAAUCGGGGUGCCUCUGCGGAGGCAGCGGAGUGA